AUGCCACCCUGUGGAGUUAAGCUAAAACCGUACAGCUGCCACCGCUGUCACGCGAAGAAAGUCAAGUGUACAGGCGGGAAGCCAUGCCAAAACUGCUUGCAAGCCGAGCAAGGAAGCAAUUGCUUAUAUCCUGAGCGAAACAGAACGCUGAAGGUCACGCAGAAGUUCAUUGAUGGGCUUUACGAGCAAAUUGACCGCUUAAAAGAACAACAAACUACGCUUCACCCCGCAGUUCACAAUACAGGAGCAGAUAGUAUAGGGCCUGAUCACCAACCAGAAGAUGCCUCUCCCCGGAUUUCUCCGCCAAGGCCAGCAGAGCUAUCUGGAGGUCCCAGUCCGCUGCCCAAAACUAACGCCGAAGGUGACACCCUUCAAAGAUUCCUGCCACCAAAUGAGGCACCAUGGUUCGAUAACAGAAACGUCUUUCGAACCCCAAUACUCAUAAGUGAGGCGGCCGAUACGGUCUUCUCAACUCGCUUCCGUCAAGUCAUGUCGGACCCCAGAGUCCCCGAACCAACCCAUCUUCUUAGACUCAACUAUGCUACUGACGAUUCCCUGGUGGCUUUGACUGGGGCCAAUACACCGUGGCCCAAUAACACACGUGCUAAGUUUCUACUUGAGGCUGCCCUGAAAUACAUAGCUCGUUCUUGCUAUAUCGUUUCCCCUGGUGUGGUCCGGGAGAGUCUGACCCAUACCUCUCUAAGUGAUAUGCACAGUGAUCCCUUUUUGUGCUGUAAACUUUGGGUUCUCUUCGCCAUCGGGGAGUUGACCACUUCUAGAGCUGCUGUAAAACAGAGUUACCCGGGAAUGGCAUACUUCGCUCAAGCAUCGAAGAUGCUAGGAUACUUCAAUGAACGUCCCGCAACAGAUACUGUGGAAACGCUUCUUCUACUGUCACUUUACUCUCUUGCCGUGAAUCGCCGUUACAGUGCAUACAUACUGUCUGGUACCGCAAUGCGCACUGCGAUCGUCUUGGGUCUUCAUUUCAAUAUCUCUCCCAUGGAACUCCCUGAUCCAUACACCAGAGAGCACCGAAAACGAUUAUUCUGGACAGCAUAUAUAUUCGAUCGACUGUGGGCGACGAACCUUGGCUACCCUUUGGCAAUUCAGGAUGUUGAGAUCGAGGUUAGGCUUCCUUCACACGUCCCAGUCAAUACCACGUCGGCAACGGAGCGAGAUUCUCGCGAUAGCCUAGACUGCCAAUAUUACGCAGCAUGGAUUGAGCUGGUGCGGCACCAAGCCAAUGUCGUUCGGUCCGUCUACCUAAUACGCCGCCAGGGGGGAGAUGCACAACUCUCUGCGCGAUUACAACAGACUUUGCAGGAUUUACAGGCUUGGGGCGAUCAAUUACCAAAUCAUCUCAAAAUUGACCUCCCGCCUGACGAACCAACGAACUGGCGAGCUGUAUCGCUUAAUCUCUGCUUCUACCAGUCAAUCAUAGUUGCCACUCGACCGAUCUUGCUACACGUGCUUCGGUUUCAAAUCGCGGCCUCUAGAGGAGAUUCCGCAUCAUCCCAGGCUUCUGCAAGCGCAAUUGCGCUCUCAGAAGCCUGCGUUCGAUGUGCGCGUCAUUCUGUGCAACUUCUAGCCCAAUCCUGGAUUGAUGGGUCUUUCAUCACAUUCGAUUGCUUCUUUACCCAAUACUUGUUCUCAUCGCUCGUCAUCCUCGCAAUCUCCAUCAAGCUAGAAGGAGCUGACAACCAAGUUGACCGCGACAAUUUCGCGCAAGCCACGCAGCUUCUGACAGAGCUCAAAGAUGUGGGCAAUUUUGCCGCGCAAGAAUACUGCCACCAUGUUGAGGCGAUUGAGAUAACUUUGGCCGACGCUGGGCCAAUGCUGGACUUGGGUCGCGUGCAGGUUCCUGAUACAUCUACUGUUCCUGUUCAGGCGGAAUUCCAGAUUCCGGAACUUUCGCUGACAGCUCCUCCGUGGUCUCAUUCGUCUUUGAAUCAAUUGCUCUGUCAGCCAGAGCUGGACAUGCAGUUCUUGGAGGAGGCCAUCAGAGAUACAUAUUCACAAGAAAUAUAUCGCUCGGAUGAUCCUUUCACGAGCUAG